CAAAAGCAUGUAAAUCUAAAUACAUCUGAGUUAGAUAUAUAAAGUUCUUGGGUUUAGAAAUCUCAGUUGUGAUAGCAAUUUUUUGUUUCAGGGUAUUGGUUGGAAAUUUUUGCCUGUUUUGAGGGUACUUUCUGAACAAGAUCAAGCAGCUUCCUUUGGACGGACAUUUUGACAUCAAUACUGUCACGAGAGUAUUUGUUAUUUUCUGCAACAUUUUCUGGUAACACCACAACCAUAAUCUUAAGUUGUUAUUUUUAAGUCUAUAUUUAUAGUUGGAGAACCAUGAGCUGCCGCUUAUUCCAAUUCAGCUUCCUUUGGAUGGAUAUUAUGUUCAUUUUCUAUCAGAUUGUGUCAGAAGCAGAUGGCCAUGAACCAUAUAUCUCAUAUUCCCAGAAAAGGGCUAAGGAUGGAAAGACAGAGCUGAGAGGAAGUGAAGAAUUAACUUCGAAGAAAGAACAUGAGGCAGAGCAAGCAAUACUGAACAGUACUGUAGGAGAUCCUUUUUGUGAUAUAAUUGAAAAUGACUUUAUAAAGACGGAACGCAUUGAAAUCAAUCAAGGAGAAAUCUGGUCAAGCAGAGAAAGAAGCAAUGAGGUUUCUGCUUUAAAGACGCCGGCCCUGAUGGGGAAAUAACAACAGGCUUGUGAGAAAACUGCUUGCAUGAUAUAUUGGGAGAUGCUGUCAACCUUUACCCUUUUUGCAUAAAAGUGAUUGCUUAUGGGAUGCAACCCUUCAAACAUCUGCUCAUCUCCCAAGACUGCAUACAAUUAAAAUGAAUUCCAUGGCCCUUGACCAAUAUCAAAUUCUGCUUAUGUGUGAACUUUUGUAUUGUACUCUAUUUUACCAUGAUUUUGCUCUCAUCCUACUCCC